AUGAAACAUCGUGGCGGCAGUUGCGGUUUAAAUAAUAAAAAUAAUAAUGACGGCAGUAUUUUCGUGAAUAGUUGUAGAUUUUUAGGUAGUAAUAAUAAUCGUAUUAGCGAUUUUAGCUAUGGUAGAAGGAGUUUCAGAUUAGGCUCUAUUGACAAACUUGUAGAAAUAGUAUGGUAUGAUAGAACAACUAUUGAUUGUAUUAGUAAAACUGGUAUUAUUAGUACCAUUACUAUCAUUAUUCGUAGCAGUAGUGCUAGUUGUUUUAACAGUAUCAGCGACUUUGCUUUUGACCAUUGUAGUUGUUCUAGUGUAGAUAAAUGUCAUGUUAAUAGUAAUUGCAUGGGUUGUGAUACUGGUAUGCGUAGUUCCAACUUAAGUAGCCGUUCAUUCUGUGAUUGUCGUAUCAGUAUUCGUAGUGUUGAGAAAACUAUAUUUAACAGGCGUUAUGUUGAAAUGAGUAUUAGUCAUAGUAGUCAUGGUAGUUGUGGUUAA